AGCUGCAGCCCCCGAUGUCGCCGCAGUAGUCGCGGCCGCGGCAGCACCCGCAACCCUCGGCGGCCGCAGCAUCCGCACCGCAGAGCAGAGCCCGGAGCCCGCCGCCCCGCAGGAUGGCUGUCGCUCCUCCAAGUUACUGUUUUGUGGCCUUCCCCCCGCGUGCUAAGGACGGUCUGGUGGUGUUUGGGAAAAACUCAGCGCGGCCCAGGGAUGAAGUACAGGAGGUUGUGUAUUUCUCGGCUGCUGAUCAUGAACCUGAGAGUAAGGUUGAGUGCACUUAUAUUUCAAUUGACCAAGUUCCUAGGACCCAUGCCAUUGUGAUAAGCAGACCUGCCUGGCUGUGGGGGGCAGAAAUGGGAGCCAAUGAGCAUGGAGUAUGCAUAGCCAAUGAAGCCAUCAAUGCCAGAGAACCAGCCGCUGAGACCGAAGCCUUACUGGGGAUGGAUCUUGUCAGGCUUGGUUUGGAAAGAGGCACAACAGCCAAAGAAGCCUUGGAUGUCAUCGUCGCCUUGUUGGAAGAACAUGGACAGGGUGGGAAUUACUAUGAGGAUGCACACGCCUGCCACAGCUUCCAAAGUGCAUAUCUGAUCGUGGAUCACGAGGAGGCCUGGGUGCUGGAGACGGUGGGGAAGUACUGGGCCGCCGAGCAGAUCACAGAGGGAGUGAAGUGUAUUUGCAAUCAGCUUUCGCUCACCACUAAGAUUGAUGCAGAGCAUCCUGAACUCAGGAGUUAUGCUCAGAGUCAGGGCUGGUGGACGGGAGAGGAUGAGUUCAAUUUUUCCGAAGUUUUCUCGCCAGCUGAUGACCACCUAGACUGCUGUGCAGGCAAAGACAGCUUAGAGAAGAAAGAAGAAAGCAUCACUGUGCAGACUAUGAUUGACGUCUUACGCGACAAAGCCAGUGGAGUCUGCAUGGACUCCGAGUCAUUCCUUACCACAGCCAGCGUCGUGUCUGUUCUGCCUCAGAACAGAAGCUUGCCGUGCAUUCACUACUUCACUGGGACCCCGGAUCCUUCCAGGUCCAUAUUCAAGCCUUUCAUCUUUGUGGAUGAUGUAAAACUUGUCCCUAAAGCACAGUCCCCCUGUUUUGGGGACGAUGACCCUGCCAAAAAGGAGCCUCGGUUCCAGGAGAAGCCCGACCGCCGGCACGAGCUCUACAAGGCCCACCAGUGGGCACGUGCAGUCAUCGAAAGUGACCAGGAGCAGGGUCGCAAGCUGAGGAAGACCAUGCUGGAACUAGAGAGGCAAGGCCUGGAAGCCAUGGAGGAAAUUCUGACCGGCUCUGACCCGCUGGACCCCACUGAGGUGGGGGACCUUUUCUAUGACUGUGUUGACACUGAGAUUAAGUUCUUUAAGUGAAGUAAGCAUUCCCUCUCCCCUUCUUAUUUAAACGUUCCCACCUUUCUAAAUUACCAGCAAAACAAACCACUCUCCUGUUUGAGUAAAACGAGAAAGUUCAGACGCGUUCAAGUCACACUCUUGUGUUCUGCCUUGAAUCCCAACAGCGUCCCCUUCUUCGACAACGUAGCUCCCCUUCUUUUGCGACGUCACGUGUAUCCAUUUCCCUGCCGUUCGAGUGUAUGGCUCAUUGUGGAUUUUCAGCUGCUCUCGUUGUGUUUCAGUGACAGCGGACACAUCAGCCUUCUCACGGAGGGCGAGGGCUCGUCAGGCCUUCACAGGGGGCUCCCCACUGCUGAGUGUGCGAGAAAAGCAAACUCUAUUGAAGUCUCGUUCUUUCUUUCAGUAAUGGUUUCUUUCAGGUUACCAAAAGGCCCAGGGCUCCCGUGGGUGUACUUGAGGGAGAAGCUGCCUGGCCUCCCUUCCCCCGAGUGCAAGCCUGUGGUGCAGAAUGUCUGCAGACGUGUCUGCCGAAGGACAAAACCAAUGGGAAGGAACCAAGGGGGCUCCUCUCUAUCCCACCUCAUCCUGAUUCUCGUGAUUCUAAGGAGCCUGUCCUCUGUCCACUGCGUUUGUGUGCGGCGGACCCACGUAAAGCUCCUGCGUGCUGACGGGCGGGCUGGGUAGCGGAGUAGCUAGAAUUGCCCGUGUUAGAGAUUCGGAGGCAGCCAUACUCGUGGCUUCCCCCCAUCCCCACGGGGCUCUCCUUGAAGGCUCGAGCCUCUCUCUGCACAGUAGCUCACCCACCCCUGGGCCUUGCGGAGAAACGGUUAUGGCCAUCUUACUCCAGGAUUAAGUAGAUGGCCCUGUGGCAUAGUUCUACCCCACGAAGCUGCGAAUUUCUCCAGCUCACGAGGGAGAGAAAAGGAGAGGCGCUUGGCUGUUCAGAUUCUCAUUAAAGUAGCUGGGAUCGGAGUGGCAACUACAUUAUCUCAGCAGGGACUUUCAUUCAACUGAUUUGUUUCCAAUGUCGUGUUCCCAUGAAGCAUUUGACUUACCCCCAGGGCACAGGAGAGCAUGUGAGGAAGACCAGAUGGGCUCAGCAUUGGGAAGAGGUGGCAGAUGGAUGCAGGAGCAGUUCGCUGUAGGGUAGCGAUCCAGCCCCCCAGCCCCCCAGCCCUCCUGCCCGGCUCGUCAUAUCCCACAAAGCCGUGUACGAUGCACCGGGCCCUCCCUGGCCCUCCCUUUAUUCCUCACGUCCUAGGAGCUGCCCUCACAGCGGAGGCAGCUGAGGCGGGCAAGUGCAGGGGGGCUUACUGCCAGCUAUCAAAGCUCUUAACGCUCUGGAAGGCAGGCAGGGGACAGGGGACAUAUGGACGUGUAAGCAGGUAAGCGACUGGUGGAAGAACAGUAACCUAUCAUUCCAGCCUCACCCCUACCCUUUGGGCCUAAUCACGCCUCAUCACUGGUAGCAGUUUGGAAGUGGAAAUACUGUGAGUGUCAGUAAUCUUCGAAGUGACCUUGGGUUAGUAACUCUGGACGGACAGCGGUGCAUGACAGGCAAGAAGGGCCAGAGGGGACGUGGGUCUCACACACAGACGUGGACACAGAGGGUCACGGGUUUUAUCGGAACACACUUGGUUUUACUACCCGCUCUCCUUGAAGAGUGUAGGUAUAAAAGCACCACGAGCUUUGGGGUCCAGCAGGUUUGUAGGUUCUGUACGUAAAAUCGCAAACAAAAAGCGACAAGCGGUGGGAGAUGAGAAGGAUGUUUGAGAGCCGAGAGAGUCAGCACAGCUGUUUGCGAUGGCUUGUAGUUGCUGUGUCUCAUUCGGGGCUUUCGCUGCGGAUACGCUCAGGGUCUUCUGUUAGAUGGAGCCACCAUUCUCAGAGCUUCUGUCUACAGGUGCUGAGUCGGGGAGGGGGAGGUGUGGGGGUGACGUUUUAGGUACCUCACCCUGCCUAAGUCCACCUGCUCGGUGGUUAUUUAAAACAAGGUGAUGUGGUAAGCCACCCUAAAAUUCCACCUCUUAUAGAAACAUGUCAUCAGACCAGACAUGUCUGAGAUAACCAAGGUGACUCGGGGCUUACCCAAAUGUCUAGUGAGAAUAAAUUCCACAGGGGCCUGCUUUCAUUAUUAUGGCCAUUUCCUAACCACUGUGAAGUGGGAAAUACAAUGGCUACUUCUCUUAGGGGACACUGACUUUUGUCCAGCAUCUCAAAGAAGGGCCAACCCUAAAUGAGAAUUGUCUGGGCUAAAGGUGUACGUCACAAUUGUGAUGCCCCAGUCUUACCAGCAGGGGCUGUGGCAGCCCUCCAUGACUACGCUGGGCAGAAGUCCCGACGGGGCUGGGACACUUCCGUCAGGCACAGAGGGGUCUGUGUGCAGUCAAACCCCCAGUAAUAGCGUGGAUGAAUUCUUUGUGCAUUGGGCGGUGUGGAGAAAGACAGGAAGAGAGUAGAGAAUCUGUUGAUGCGGCUGUACUCACUUCUAGUGACUUUUAUCUGCUUGUGUCAACUGCUUGAAAUUUGUUCUUGGAUUUUGAGCAGGCUCUUGUGGGGGAUGUUUCUUUUUACAUUCUCCUAACAGACUCUGCUGUUGAAAAAUUCUUAUCAUUACACGGAUAAAUUCUUGACCAGGGAUUGCUUUUUCUAAAGGCAAUGUGGAGAAAAUGAAUAUUCAAGAUGAACUAAGAAAAUAAUGUUUAGAGGUCAGUGUGUAAAUAGCUUCCUGAAAUAACCAUUUGUGUGUCCAUUGAGACUCAGAUGGGGGAGCCAUGCAUGCUUUGUGCAGAAAGAGGACAUGGCUGUAAAGGGUGGAAUUUCUGCCCCAAUCCCAUGCCCCAUAACCAACAUAAGCUACUUAGUCUUGUCUAAUAGUUGCCAUUGCCAUAGAUAAAGACAGCCCUCAUCCUCUAAGAGGGGCAGAGGCUCCAAUAAAAGUAAAUUAGCAAAGCAGAAGUAGUACUCUGCGUUCUUGGAGGUGGUUCGGAACUUUCAGUAGAAUAAGCAGAUACUUGAAAUUAUGGUGAUCCUUUAGUGCCGUAACAUAAGACACAGUGUUAUUAUUAGACAGUCUUCCUUACAAGCUAACAGAGCAGGUGGAUGCCGAUUAGAUGUUAGCAGUGAAGUUCCUUCACGAUGGGUGAAUUAUUAGGUAUAAAAAAGAAUGAUCAGCCAGGCAAACCACUUUGCUCCCUAACCUACGUCAUCCCACACUGGUACAGGUGUUACACAGCUCUGGCUGGCCCCAGCAGGGAAGCCAGGGGGGACCAACGUGUUCGCUAUGACACCAUUCACUGCAUCCUUGACUAAAGAACAGUCAAGUCAUUUGUCAGGGAGGUCUUUAGCUGGGCUCGCAGCUUUAGGAAGGAAGCACAUGGAGGAAGGAGGGAGGGGAGCCCCCCCUCGCUGGCCGUUCCCCUGGAGGGGGUGGAGUGGCAGGUCACAGGCACCUGCUGUCCCAGCACGCUGUGCCUCCCUGUGGUUGCAGCGUUUCGUUCUGCACGGCCCCAAGCCCCAGCUCUGCUCCCACGGUUUGUGUCAAAAGUGCUUUAUCUGAGCGACUUCCAACAUUCCGAAAUGUCACAUGCAGAUUUCUAAUGGGAAUGAAUAUGUAUGUGUUUGCAAUCAUGUUGUGAGAAGUUCCAUGUGUGAGCCGGAAAAUGCUAUUGGCAGGGAAUACUAACAAAGAAAAUCAUUCUGUUUCCUGCAGUGGGAACUGACCGUGUAGUCUUAACAGCCUUUUGUACAAAUAUCGAUGAACCUGAUAACUUCCCUAUCCAGUGCUUGCCCUUGGAAUUGUCUCAAAAUAACAUCAAGCAUACAAUAAAAAAAAAAAAACCCUGGAA